GCGCAGGGCAGAGCAGAGCAGAGCGCUCGCGGCGGGCGCGGAAGAUGCUCAGCGGUCCUCGCGGCGGCCUCCUCCUCCUCCUCCUCCUCCUCCUCCUCCGAGCAGCGCAGCUCCUCCGCCGGAGGCCAGAAUUCUUCAUUGUAUCGCAUGGAUCCCUUCUCAAGUUAGAAAGUGGAUAAGUCGUCGUCAACCUGGAAAUUCCCUGGGCUUUAACGGCGAGAAGGUGGAUUUAGUUCUAAAGCUAUGCUUUUUCUGCUUAAGGUUGUCUGUGGCUUCAUUUCCUCUAGAGAUUAAUGUGUGAUGUCCCAACCUUCUUAGCAUAAAGGCCUUCCGAAAUCUUCUUAGUGACCAAGCCAGACCUUUUGAGCCCAACCAUGGAUGACUAUGAUAUCCGAUCCGCCGCGAGCAUCUUGGCCUCUGUGAAGGAGCAAGAGGCUCGCUUUGAGCGUCUCACCCGAGCGCUGGAAGAGGAACGCCGCAAUGUCUCCCUGCAACUCGAGCGGGCCAACCAGCCCUCGGAUCGCAUAAACGUCUGCAACAUUGGCAGUGGGCAGCCCCUAGCGACUGCUUGGCAGCAGCUGGUUCUGCAGGAGCAAAGUCCCAGCAACCAGACUUCCAUAGCAAUGAUGCAGGAGCCCCAAGAGAAGGUAGAGGAGACUGUGACUGUCGAAGAAGAUCCCGGUACCCCCACAUCUCACGUUUCUAUUGUGACUUCAGAAGACGGGACCACCAGAAGGACGGAGACAAAGGUAACCAAGAUGGUCAAGACUGUCACAACCAGAACUGUGCGCCAAGUCCCCCUCGGUCCAGACGGCAUCCCUACAAUGGACGGCUCCUCCCCCAUGGGUAGUUACACUGACUCCAUAGACAGAAGGCAGGUCAAGAACGGAGAACGGUACAUCACCCCCCAGGCAUCGUCCACUCUGAACCGAGCUUACAACAGCUACAAUGAUUCCUACCCGGAGAGUCACGACGGCCAAUAUCGUUCUUUCGUAAGCCACAACGGUUACGGCGACCUGCCGGACAAUUACGGAAGCUUGUCUCGGAGUGUCAAUUACCGGCCGCAUUAUGCCUACGUACCGGGGAACAAUUACCGGCCCGAGGAUGGUAGCUUCACUUUGCCAAGCAGGAGGGAUAACUAUGGACCUCUGGCCCAGCCUCAGGUGCCGACGGGCAGCAACGCAGACUUGAACCGCUCCCAGCCAGAACGGUUCCAACCGGAGCCGUAUGGGCUGGAGGACGAUAACCGCAGCCUCGGAAUUGACGACGAAGGUUAUGAACUCGAUCCAGAGUAUUCGACGGUGAAUCGGAGAACGUCGGCUGGGAUCCCGGAGAGAGGGAGACCUCACAAGGGAAGGAGCUAUGAAGAUCCCAUUGAGAGCGAAAUCGUCAACGAGAGGAUUCCCUACUUGCACGGCAGCUACGCGGCACCUUUGGCGCAACCCGAAAGGGGUAGCAUGGCCAGCAUCGACCGCCUGGGCAAGCGCUCCCCCUCCAUUGACAGCAUUCGCAAAGACCCCCGGUGGCGAGACCCGGAUCUCCCCGAAGUCAUCGCCAUGCUCAGCCACCCCAUUGAUCCCGUGAAAUCCAACGCAGCAGCCUACCUCCAGCAUCUCUGCUACGAGAACGAUAAGAUCAAGAAGGACGUGAGGCAUCUCAAGGGCAUUCCCAUCCUGGUGGGUCUGCUGGACCAUCCCAAGCCUGAGGUCCACCGCAAAGCGUGCGGGGCCCUCCGGAACAUAUCCUAUGGGAAGGAUAAUGAGAACAAAGUGGCCAUCAAGAACUGUGAUGGGAUCCCAGCUUUGAUCCGGUUGUUGCGCAAGACGAGUGACAUGGAAGUACGAGAACUCAUUACAGGCACCCUCUGGAACCUGUCAUCUUACGAACCCCUCAAAAUGGUGAUCAUUAACCACGGUCUUCAGACGCUGACCAAUGAAGUGAUCAUCCCUCAUUCGGGGUGGGAGAACGAGCCGAACGAAGAUUCGAAGCCUCGCGACGCGGAGUGGAGUACAGUCUUCAAGAAUACGUCAGGAUGUCUGAGGAAUGUAAGUUCGGAUGGUGCUGAAGCACGUCGGAGACUCCGGGAAUGUGAAGGUUUGGUAGAUGCUCUUCUCCAUGCUUUGCAGUCUGCCGUCGGCAAAAAAGAUACGGAUAACAAGUCGGUGGAGAACUGCGUCUGCAUCAUGAGGAACCUUUCCUACCACGUCCACAAAGAAAUUCCUGGUGCCGACAAGUUCCGGGAAUUAGAAAGUAACCAGAUGGGAAGUUUUGGAGUAACUCAUAAGAAAAAGAAGGACGACGCAGGCUGCUUCGGUGGGAAAAAGGCCAAAGAGGAAUGGUUCAACCAAGGAAAGAAGAAUGGCGAUGUGGACCGGAACUUCGAUACACUGGAUUUACCUAAGCGAUCUGAAUCGGCCAAAGGCUUUGAAUUGCUCUACCAACCGGAAGUCGUGCGGCUUUACCUCUCAAUUCUCACCGAAAGUCAGAAUUUCAAUACUUUGGAGGCGGCAGCCGGCGCGCUGCAGAAUCUCAGCGCAGGAAACUGGACAUGGUCUACAUACAUCCGGGCAACGGUACGAAAGGAACGAGGACUUCCCGUCCUGGUGGAGCUCCUCCAAUCGGAUUCGGAUAAGGUGGUGAGAGCGGUAUCCAUAGCCCUGCGAAAUCUCUCCAUGGAUCGCCGGAACAAGGAUCUCAUAGGUAGCUAUGCCAUGGGGGAACUGGUACGAAAUCUGCCUAGCCGGCAACAGCGAUCUUCAAAAAACCUUGAAGAGGACACAAUAGUUGCCGUCCUGAACACCAUCCACGAAAUCAUUACCGACAGUUCUGAAAAUGCCAGGUCCCUGAUCCAGACGCAAGGCAUUCAGAAGCUGGUUGCCAUCAGCAAAUCCAGCCAGUCCUCCAGAGAAAUGAAAGCGGCUUCUCACGUUCUUCAAAUGACCUGGAGCUACAAAGAGUUAAGGAACGUUUUGCAGAAGGAAGGCUGGAAUAAAUCUCAUUUUCAGACUGCCUCAGCAACUACGAAGGGAUCCAAAAGUACCUCCUGUAAAUCCGGAUAUGAUGAUAGCACGUUGCCCCUGGUGGAUAAAAGCCAAGAUAACGAGAAGACCGGAAGCCGGGAUAUGAUUCCAAUGGAUGAGCUUGGACCAGAUGGCUACUCCACCAUCGAUCACCGGGACAAGGAGCGGAAAUACAAAACCAACGACAACAUGGGAGACGCAUCGGAGAAAGAACCCCUAAAGAAUGACACAAAUAGGAAAACGCUUACCAGGAGCAACAGGCCUUCCGUGACUCUGGUGGACACACGAGAUACUAAGCCCCAACCUGUUGACUCCUGGGUCUAACAUUGUGCAUGCAUGGGCUAAAAAUCCAGCCGCUUGUUUUACGAUUCUUGUUGUCCUUGUUUCCCCUCGACUCAAAGAAGACUCGACAAACAAACACACACACACAGAGACACAACACACACAGAGACAAAAACACACGGACACAAAAGGUUUGCAUUUUACCCAUCACUGCCAUUCUGACUGCAGAAUCGGUGAAAGCAGCCAAAGCUGAAAACUUUUGAAGGUUGAGGAGAACAUCCAUCCGCUAGCCUCUGGAGGGCUCGCUCGACCAAACCUCACCCUUUCCCAUCCAGGAAAAGAAAAAAGAAAGAAAGAAAAAAGAAGAAGAAGAAGGCAAAACGGAAAAUGCAUCUCUGUCUCUCUCUCUCUCCACCAUCCGGCAGGAGGAAUCACAAUUCCCGAAAGAGAAAUGGCAAGUUCAGGCCAGCCGGAUUUCGUUCUUCGUGGAACUCUUCAGCGUAGAAGGUGUCAAGUUGGGAGGUGAAGGUCUAGAGAAGAGGAAAGGGGAGGUGGGGACAAAAAAGAAAAGAAAAGAACCAAAAAAGUGUUCUGAAUGAAAAACCCCAGGAUAUUUGAUAUGAUAAGUAUAGUUAUUUUUUAAAAAGGCACUUUUUUCUCUCUCCCUCCCUCCCUCCCUCCUUUCUUUCUUUCUUUCUUUCCCACCUCUUCUUUCCUUUCUUCAUUUAUUCCUUCCUUCUCUUCCUCCCCUUCCUUCACUCUCCUCUUCUUUCCUUCCUUCUCUCUGUCCCUCCCCUCCGUUCCUUUCUUCAUUGCUUCCUUCCUUCUCUCCUUCACCUCCCUUUCUUUCUUUCCUUCCUUCCUUAACUCCUUUCCUUCCUUUCCUUUCUUUUUGCUUCCUUCCUUCUCUCCCUCACCUCCCACUUCCUUUCUUUCCUUCCUUCUCUCCCUUCCCUCCUUUCCUUUCUUUAUUCCUUCCUUCCUUCUCUCUCUCACCUCCCACUUUCUUUCCUUCCUUCCUUCCUUCUCUCCCCUCCUUUCCUUUCUUUAUUGCUUCCUUCCUUCUCUCCCUCACCUCCCUCUUUCUUUCUUUCUUUCCUUCCUUCCUUCUCUUCCUUCCCUUCCCUCCUUUUCUUUCUUUAUUGCUUCCUUCCUUCUCUCCCUUCCUUCCUUUCCUUCCAUUCUUCCUUCCUUCCUUCCUUCCUUUUUCUUUCCUUCCUGUGAAUUUUUAAAAGAGAAAACCGAGAUCGAGGGCGAUGGGUUUUUUUUUCUUUUCUUUUCAAACCUUCUCCCUUUUUUGGGGGUGUGUGUGCCAUUGUUAAAUUUUUCCUUUUGAUCCUCAGUUGUGGGGGUGGGGGGGGAAACACAGAAGUUGUGCUGAGUUGGAGAGGUUUGGAUGCAAAGAGAGAAAGGAAAACCGAAGACCAAACGAACAUGGGUCUGUCAGGCUUGAGGGGAGGGGGCUAAAAGGACGCAAGCCAACAUUGACGUGAGCUCCAAUCUGCUAUUCACGUUAAGACCAUCCCACGGUGCUUCUCUGUUAUUAUUCUUGGUGUACCAUCCUUCUCCCUUUCUGACUUUUCUGCCCUGAUUUUGGACACGGGAACCGAUGUGCAAAUGGCGAAAAAGAAACUAAGAGAAAUCUCAAACUCGGCGUCGCUGAUUUCUCCCGGUGGACGAUGGCUUUCUUAAUUCCCAAUCGGUUCUAAUGUCCAAUGAGAUCUCCGCUGAUCUAAUUUUCCCCCCAUCCUGAACCACAACAUCCGUUAACCUUAUACCAUCUACCACGGACAGCGCUUUUGAUUUCAAAAAAAAGAACUUUUUUUUAGCGUCAGGUCGAAGCUAACACCAUCCAUUCUUUCUGUCGUUUUCAUCCGAAACCGCUCCCUUCCGUCUCCCAUGUUUUAUUUUCACUAAGCUUUUAACAAAGAUAUAUAUAUAUAUAUAUAUAUAUAUAUAUACAUACACAUAUAUAUAUUGACUUGCUGUUGAUUGGGUUUUUUUAAAAAAAAACAAAAGAAAAUAAAAACAAAAAGGCAAAAAUAUCCACCUAUGGAUAUAAUAAAAGUUUAGGUCUUAAGUCAUCCCAGAGACCUGAUAGUAACUUCCAUCGAACUAAAAGAGUAGGAGCACUAAUAGUCUGUAAUUAGGGUUGUAUACUCAAGAAAACCAACAUUCGUGGGUGAACGCUGGCCUGCGGUUUCAUUGCCAUCCGGGAUUCAAUCGAGGCAUACAAUCAUCAUCUAUUCCCGUACGCGCGGUGUAUAGAGGUAGUCCUUGACUUACGACCCCUCAACCGAGCCCCAAAAUUGCUAAGCCAAGUGAAGUUUGCCCCAUUUUACAAAACCUUUCUGCCACCGUCGUUAAGCGAAUCACCGCAGGUCUGGAGCGAAUCUGGCUUCCCCAUUGAUUUCGCUUGUCAGGAGCUCCCUGUGACCGGGAUAUGACUGAGUUAUGACUGAGACUGUCAUAACUAUGAGCCAGUCGCCAACAAUCCAAAUUUUGAUCACAUGACCAUGGAGAUUCUGGCAACGGUCGUAAGUGUGAAAAACAAGUCAAGAGUCAUUGUCACUUCAAACGGUCACAAAACGAAUACUUGUAAAUCAAGGACUACUUGUAGUCGUCUUUUGAGUUUUAACCAUGUUAAUUUCUCGGGGGGGGAGGGGGGGUGUUUAAGUCUGUGAUUAGAAAAGAAAAGCUGGAUUUUCAUUUUUAUUAUUUUUGGGGAUUCCGUUGGCUUGUCUCUUUUCAUGGUUGCUGAAAAAAUGAUUGGGUUGCCCUAUUUACCGAAACGGUGUGGUUUUUGGAAAGCACAUUUCUCGUUCAUUUCUGUUCUUCUUGUUGUUGGUUUUCAAUCCAGCCAAUUUUCAUUUGAGAGAUUUUUUUUUUUCGGUGCCUGCUGUGUCCUUUGUAAUUUAAACAUGAAAAAAAAAA